AUGGCUACGAACACGUCAACAUCAGAUCGAUUGACCAGCAGCGUACACAGACAACCCGUACUUCUUACUAAGAACAUUGCCGGAAAGGAAUCGACACCGGGGGACGUAACCCAUACCACCCCCCCGACCCGCACCGUCGAAGCGUCAGUUCCUCACCAAGAAGAGAGUCAUCCAACGCCGCAGAUUCAAGAAAAAAGUAUCGCAGUGAAGACAUGUCUGAACGAGGGAAGCAUACCAACGUCCAGAGAAAAGAGUCUGCAGCAGCCUAACCCUAAGAAGACAACCUGCGAUCCAGAUACACUUUCCGUUCGCUCGUCACAUAGGAAGAGAGCAGAAGUGCAAGCAAAAAUGACAAUGGAAUUAAGGGAACUAGAACUGGCAGAAGCUCGGUCAAAAGUUGCUCAAGCGGAAUUAGAACUUCUCACCGCGGAGUCAGAAGAAGAAGAUGGUGCCGGAGAAGAGCUGUUCGAACGAACUCGAGAAGUCGGGCGGUGGUUCAUCAAGACCGGAGACAUGCCUAAUAAGAACCACAAACCAAUAGAGGCAGAAGAAAAGAAGAUUGACAUCCAGGAACUAGCUUCAGUUAUACUAAAGCUAUCCGAAAAGUCACGUGACACCAUUUCACCGAAGCACCUCGAAUUCUCUCACUUCAACGGGGCCUGUGAAGAGUGGUUGGCCUUCAAAAGAUCAUACGAGGAUAUGGCCACUUCUUUCAGUAACAAUCGGAACCUAGCGCGCCUUAGAAUAGCAAUCUAA